CGCAUUCAUCUUAACUACAUCAUCAUGGCCAACUAUCUCGCCUCCAUCUUCGGUACCGAACAGGACAAGGUCAACUGCUCCUUCUACUACAAAAUUGGCGCAUGCCGUCACGGAGACCGCUGCUCGCGCAAACAUGUCAAGCCCUCAUACUCGCAAACCAUCCUCCUCCCCAACCUCUAUCAAAAUCCCGCAUACGACCCCAAGAGCAAGAUGAACCCGCAACAACUGCAAAACCACUUUGACGCCUUCUACGAGGACUUCUGGUGUGAGAUGUGCAAGUACGGCGAGAUUGAGGAGGUUGUCGUCUGUGACAACAACAACGAUCAUCUUAUUGGCAACGUCUACGCCCGCUUCAAGUAUGAAGAAUCCGCCCAAGCCGCCUGCGACGCCCUGAACUCGCGCUGGUACGCGGGUCGUCCCAUCUACUGCGAACUCUCCCCCGUUACCGACUUCAGAGAAGCUUGUUGCCGUCUCAACUCAGGAGAAGGCUGUGUCCGUGGUGGCUUCUGCAACUUCAUCCAUCGCAAGGAUCCUUCACCCGAACUGGAUCGCGAGAUUGAACUUGCCACAAAGAAAUGGUUGAGACAAAGAGGAAGAGACGCAAAGAGUGCUAGCAGAUCCCCCACACCCGAACCCAGCAGAAAGAGAUUCUAG